UAUAGAGGCAGAAGACAAUGAAUAAAUAGAGACUGCAAAAAUGGAAGCCCUAACCCUCGCCGGCGACAGCGAAGGCGAAGGCCUCCUAUCGUCGGUACCCGCCGAGGUCAACGGAGGCGAUCCUCUUCUCCACCCUCCUCCGGCCCCUGAUUCCCCACCGCUCGCCUCCACCACUCCCUUCGCCAUCCAACCGGACGCCGCCUUCUCCCUAUUCGACCCCAGCGAGGACGGUAGUUACGACGCUUUCGAUUCGGCCCCCUCUCCUCGCGUCCACGAAGCGCCCUCUCGAGCCGGCCUAUCCUUGGCCUCCGAGUGCUUCAAGAUCUCUGUCUCCGACCCCCAGAAGGAGCAGGAAGCUGGCUCCUCCAUCGUCCCUGGCUCCGGAUCCUUCGUCUCCUACCUCAUCACCACUCGGAUCGUCGGCGGCCAUUCCGAGCUUCGCGUCCGCAGGAGGUUCAAGGAUGUCGUCGCCCUUGCUGACCGCUUCGCUGAGGCUUACCGGGGGUACUUCAUCCCUCAGCGGCCUGACAAGAGUGUGGUCGAGGGACAGGUAAUGCAGAAACACGAAUUCGUUGAGCAGCGCCGCUCUGCCAUGGAGAAGUACCUCAAUCGACUGGCUGCCCAUCCAGUGAUCGGGAGGAGCAACGAGUUCAGGAUAUUUCUUAGGCUGCCUGGCAAUUCUCCUUUACCCGUGAGUACAGAGGCGGUGUCAAGAUCAGGAGGAAUGGGGACGCUGCCGAAUCAUGUCUUUGGUGAGGCAGGAGGGAGUGAGGGUAUGGUGACCCAAAAAAUUGGCCAACCGGCAAAGGGAGGAAGGGAUUUCAUGAAGAUAUUCAGAGAGUUCAAGCAGUCGGUAACAAAUGACUGGGGAGGCGCAAAGCCCUUGGUGGUAGAGGAGGACAAGGAGUUCCUGGAUAGGAAAGUGAAGAUGCAAGAUUUAGAACAGCAGCUCACAACUUCUUCCAGGCAGGCUGAGGUGCUUGUCAAUGCACAGCAGGAUAUUGGAGACACAUUGGGCCAACUGGGGUUGACAUUUGUGAAGCUUGCUAAAUUUGAAACAGAAAAUGCCACUUAUCUAUCACAGAGACGAAGAGCUGCUGAAAUCAAACAGUUUGCAACUGCACUUUUGAGAAUAAGUAGAUUCUAUCGAGAAUCAAAUGGACACACAGUCAAACAUCUGGAUAUUCUUCAUGAAUAUCUAGGAUUGAUGCUAGCUGUUCACGGUGCAUUCUCAGAUCGUUCUACUGCGCUUUUGACAGUCCAAACACUUACCACCGAUUUGUCUUCCUUGCAUGCAAGGAGAGAGAAAUUGGAAGCGUCUUCAAUACAAUCGGGGGACAAGUCUAAACUUCAAAGGAUAGAUGAGCUGAAAGAAACAAUAAGAAACACAGAAGAUGCUAAAGUCUGUGCGAUUAAAGACUAUGAGUGUAUAAAGGAAAACAACAGGAGUGAACUCGAGAGGCUAGACAAGGAGAGACACGAGGAUUUUCUAUUGAUGCUUAAAGGAUUCGUCAGUAAUCAGAUCAUCUAUGCGGAAAAGAUGGCAAACGUGUGGGCGAAUAUCGCAGAAGAAACAAAGGGCUGUUACACAAGUCAGGACAAGUAAAGUGGAAAUCACACAUGUAUAUUUGAGAAUUGCCCCUAUUCUGCACUCCUUUUUUCAGAGUCAGCAAGCCUCAAUAAGUAUUUUUCUCUCUGUAGAUUUAUUUACGCAAUUUUGUUUGUGUUUUUUUCUCUCCAGAUUUUGUAGAAUUUUGAUUACUAUAAUUUUAAGUCUAAUCUUUGCUUCUUUUUCAUGAA